UACCAACUAAAAUACCAACUCUUCAUCUAACCCACACCCAUCUUCUUUUAUUUCUCCUUAUUUUCUCUCUCCUCUUCUUCCACUUCGACACAACCUAUGUUUCCCCAUUAAACCCCCUUCAAACUCACUCACUACUGUAACAAAAACAACAAACACUCUCUCAACUAAUUGACACAAAUAACUUCGAUUUCAUCGAAAACCCCAAUUCUUCAUUUUCUCUCUCCUCCACAUUGGCUCCCAGAUUAGUAUUUGGUAUAAUUAGAAUAAUUGGAUUGAAAAUGGCGGUUUCAACAGCAUCAGGGUUACAAAUGGCGGCAGUAAAGCCGUGUGUUUUUGCGCAACGCCAAGUUAUGAAGGCUGGUGCUGCAUUUUUUAGUGCUGAUUUGAAACAGGCUUCAUUUGCUAAGCUUAGUAGUGCUUGUCAUAUAUCAUCUUUAAAGCCCUUUCAGCGCAAUUUCUCGGCUGCGUCGUCGAAAUCGAACUCGAGUUUGAUUAAGGCAAUGGCGGAAUCUAGUGAUAAGCCUGUUGGAGGAUUGCCUAUUAACUUAAAAGGUAAAAGGGCAUUUAUUGCCGGCGUAGCUGAUGAUAAUGGAUAUGGUUGGGCAAUUGCAAAAUCCCUAGCUGCUGCUGGUGCUGAGAUUCUUGUUGGCACUUGGGUCCCUGCACUGAAUAUUUUUGAAACAAGUCUAAGACGUGGGAAGUUUGAUGAAUCACGGGUGUUGCCUGAUGGUUCCUUGAUGGAGAUCACCAAAGUAUAUCCUCUAGAUGCAGUCUUUGAUACUCUUGAAGAUGUUCCUGAAGAGAUAAAAACCAACAAGCGUUAUGCAGGGUCUAGCAAUUGGACUGUCAAGGAAGUUGUUGAAUCAGUUAAACAGGAUUUUGGUAGCAUUGACAUCCUUGUGCAUUCACUAGCCAAUGGACCUGAGGUCACCAAACCUCUUUUAGAAACAUCAAGGAACGGGUACCUAGCGGCUAUAUCUGCUUCAAGCUACUCUUAUGUUUCAUUGCUGAAACAUUUCCUUCCUAUAAUGAACCCAGGUGGUUCUUCAUUGUCACUCACCUACAUUGCUUCUGAGAGGAUUAUUCCUGGUUAUGGUGGAGGCAUGAGUUCUGCAAAAGCUGCAUUAGAGAGUGAUACAAAGGUAAUGGCUUUUGAAGCGGGUAGGAAACGCAGGAUUAGAGUGAACACAAUAUCAGCUGGCCCACUUCGGAGUCGUGCUGCAAAGGCUAUUGGAUUUAUUGAUAUGAUGAUUGACUAUUCUAUAGCAAAUGCUCCAUUGCAAAAAGAACUAUCUGCAGAGGAAGUUGGAAACGCGGCUGCUUUCUUAGCGUCACCUUUGGCAUCUGCUAUAACAGGUGCUGUAAUUUACGUCGACAAUGGUCUGAAUGCCAUGGGAGUAGGUGUAGAUAGUCCUAUUUUUGAGAAUCUUGACAUUCCUAAAGACCAGCUCUAAAUUUCUUAGCAUCACCUUCGUGUUAUGAUCUUCAUUUGUUAGUUCUUGUGUUGAGGAUGGGUACUUGGGAGUUGAGAGUAGGAAGCUUAAUGUACUGUAUUGUACUUCAAAUUCGUGUGUUGAGGAUUGGUACUUGGAGUAGGUAAUUUUUAUCAUAGUAUUGUUUUCAGUUGAGAAUAUCUCACAUAAUCACAUUAUAUUGCUCUCCCA